GGCGAAUCGUUUUUGAUUAACGGAGUUAUCCGGUUUAUUUUGUGCAUGAAUCUUCAUCCAUUUGAAAUCAGAACCAUCGUUAUUCAUACAUUGUUUUGAGCUGGGCUGACGGCUCUAUAACCAGCUCCUGAAGGAUCUACUGUAAAGCAUUGGGAGGCAGUCAUGUUUCUGUACAACCUCACUCUGCAGCGUGCCACUGGCAUCACACAUGCUAUCCAUGGAAACUUCUCAGGAACCAAAAUGCAGGAGAUUGUUGUUUCCCGAGGGAAAAUAUUGGAGUUGCUGCGACCAGAUGCCAACACAGGGAAGGUUCACACUUUGCUCACGAUGGAGGUGUUUGGCAUUAUUAGAUCUCUAAUGGCGUUCCGACUCACUGGUGGAACCAAAGACUACAUUGUGGUGGGCAGUGACAGUGGUCGUAUUGUCAUCUUGGAGUACCAGCCCUCCAAGAACAUGUUUGAGAAGAUUCAUCAGGAGACUUUUGGAAAGAGUGGCUGCCGACGCAUUGUCCCUGGGCAGUUCCUGGCAGUUGACCCAAAAGGCAGAGCUGUGAUGAUUGGAGCAAUAGAGAAACAGAAGCUGGUGUAUAUCUUAAACAGAGAUGCUGCUGCCAGACUGACAAUUUCUUCCCCCCUGGAGGCCCAUAAAGCAAACACUCUUGUCUAUCAUGUAGUAGGGGUGGACGUAGGCUUUGAAAACCCUAUGUUUGCCUGUCUGGAAAUGGACUAUGAGGAAGCUGACAAUGAUCCUACAGGGGAGGCAGCUGCAAACACUCAGCAGACGCUGACCUUUUAUGAACUGGACCUAGGUUUGAACCAUGUGGUCCGCAAAUAUAGUGAGGCUCUGGAGGAGCACGGGAACUUCCUCAUCACUGUUCCUGGUGGUUCUGAUGGGCCCAGUGGCGUUCUGAUCUGCUCUGAAAAUUAUAUCACCUACAAGAACUUUGGAGACCAGCCUGAUAUUCGCUGUCCGAUCCCACGACGAAGGAAUGACCUCGAUGACCCAGAGCGUGGGAUGAUAUUUGUCUGCUCAGCCACCCACAAGACCAAGUCCAUGUUCUUCUUCUUGGCCCAGACUGAGCAGGGAGACAUUUUUAAAGUUACACUGGAAACGGAUGAAGAGAUGGUAACAGAAAUUAGGAUGAAGUACUUCGACACUAUCCCUGUGGCAACAGCCAUGUGUGUUUUGAAGACUGGCUUUCUCUUUGUGGCUUCUGAGUUUGGAAACCACUACCUUUAUCAGAUAGCCCAUUUGGGUGAUGAUGAUGACGAGCCAGAGUUUUCAUCUGCAAUGCCACUGGAGGAGGGCGAUACAUUCUUCUUCCAACCCCGCCCCCUCAAGAACCUGGUGCUGGUGGAUGAACAAGAGAACCUGUCACCUAUUAUGUCCUGUCAGAUAGCUGAUCUGGCCAAUGAGGACACUCCUCAACUCUAUGUGUCCUGUGGAAGAGGACCCAAGGCCACACUAAGGGUCCUAAGGCAUGGACUGGAGGUGUCAGAGAUGGCUGUGUCAGAGUUGCCUGGUAAUCCCAAUGCUGUAUGGACAGUGCGCAGACAUGUGGAAGAUGAGUUUGAUGCCUACAUCAUUGUGUCAUUCGUCAAUGCCACCCUGGUUCUCUCAAUUGGGGAAACAGUAGAGGAAGUGACAGACUCUGGUUUCCUGGGAACUACGCCCACUCUUUCCUGCUCACUGCUUGGUGAAGAUGCCUUGGUACAAGUGUACCCGGAUGGUAUCCGACACAUCCGAGCAGACAAGCGUGUGAAUGAGUGGAAGACUCCUGGGAAGAAGACUAUUGUCCGGUGUGCUGUCAAUCAGCGGCAGGUAGUCAUUGCCCUCACCGGUGGAGAGUUAGUCUACUUUGAGAUGGACCCGUCAGGCCAGCUGAAUGAGUAUACUGAGCGGAAGGAGAUGUCUGCUGAUGUGGUGUGUAUGAGCUUGGCCAAUGUCCCACCCGGUGAACAGCGUUCUCGCUUCCUUGCCGUGGGACUGGUCGACAACACUGUCCGUAUCAUCUCCCUGGACCCCUUGGAUUGCCUACAGCCAUUGAGUAUGCAGGCUUUGCCAGCCCAGCCAGAGUCUCUGUGUAUUGUGGAGAUGGGAGGGGUGGAGAAACAAGACGAGUUGGGUGAGAAGGGAACCAUUGGUUUCCUUUACCUCAACAUAGGACUGCAGAACGGUGUGCUGCUCAGGACUGUUCUGGACCCAGUGACUGGUGACCUUUCUGACACUAGAACACGCUACCUGGGGUCACGACCUGUCAAACUCUUCAGAGUGAAGAUGCAGGGACAAGAAGCUGUGCUGGCCAUGUCCAGUCGUUCCUGGCUGAGCUACUCCUACCAGUCUCGUUUUCACCUGACCCCUUUGUCUUAUGAAACUCUGGAGUAUGCAUCUGGCUUUGCCUCAGAACAAUGCCCAGAGGGAAUUGUGGCCAUCUCCACCAACACACUGAGGAUCUUGGCAUUGGAGAAAUUGGGUGCAGUCUUCAACCAGGUGGCCUUCCCUUUGCAGUACACACCCAGAAAAUUUGUCAUUCACCCUGAGACAAACAACCUAAUCGUGAUAGAGACCGACCACAAUGCCUAUACAGAGGCCACUAAAGCACAAAGGAAGCAGCAAAUGGCUGAGGAAAUGGUAGAGGCUGCAGGAGAGGAUGAAAGAGAGCUGGCUGCUGAAAUGGCUGCUGCUUUCCUCAAUGAGAAUCUACCAGAAGCUAUUUUUGGGGCACCUAAAGCUGGAGCAGGACAAUGGGCCUCACUUGUUCGACUUGUUAACCCCAUACAAGGCUCAACACAGGACCUAGUGCAGCUGGAGCAGAACGAAGCUGCAUUCAGUGUGGCAGUUUGCCGUUUUGCAAGUACAGGAGAAGAUUGGUUUGUUCUUGUGGGUGUGGCUAGAGACAUGAUUCUCAACCCCAGAUCUGUGGGCGGUGGCUUCAUUUAUACCUAUCGACUCACAGGGGGUGGAGACAAGCUGGAGUUCCUGCACAAGACACCUGUAGAGGAUGUACCACUGGCCAUUGCUCCAUUCCAGGGACGUAUCUUGGUGGGAGUUGGUAAACUCCUGAGGAUCUAUGACCUGGGCAAAAAAAAAUUGCUGCGAAAAUGCGAGAACAAGCAUGUUCCCAACUUGGUGACUGGCAUCCAUACCAUCGGCCAGCGUGUAGUCGUGUCUGAUGUUCAGGAAAGCCUGUUCUGGGUCCGAUAUCGGCGUAACGAGAACCAACUGAUCAUCUUUGCUGAUGAUACACAUCCCCGCUGGGUGACCACCGCUUGUCUACUGGACUAUGACACUAUGGCCUCUGCUGACAAAUUUGGGAACAUCAGCAUUGUGCGCCUACCCCCCAACACCAGUGACGAUGUGGAUGAGGACCCUACAGGGAACAAAGCAUUAUGGGACAGAGGCCUGCUUAAUGGAGCCUCACAGAAGGCCGAGGUGAUUGUAAAUUACCAUGUGGGAGAGACAGUGUUGUCCCUCCAGAAAACCACCCUUAUCCCUGGAGGUUCAGAAUCCCUUGUCUACACCACGCUAUCAGGGGGCAUAGGCAUACUGGUCCCCUUCACUUCACAUGAGGAUCAUGAUUUCUUCCAGCAUUUAGAAAUGCAUAUGCGAUCAGAGUUCCCACCGCUGUGCGGCAGAGACCACCUCAGCUUCAGGUCUUACUACUUCCCUGUCAAGAAUGUGAUUGAUGGAGAUCUGUGUGAGCAGUUUAACAGCAUGGAUCCUCACAAGCAGAAGAGUGUGGCGGAGGAGCUUGACAGAACACCACCUGAGGUCUCUAAGAAACUGGAGGACAUCCGCACUCGCUAUGCCUUCUAAACAUAUAUGUGGCAUUUUGCCUUCAUUCAGCACUGAAGGAUGAACACAUUCAUUAAACCCAUUACACGCUCACAGUUGGCUAGACCUUCUGAGGAAAUUGACUAUUAGAGAUACAUUGAUCAUCACUCCUGUGUGUGUAUGCACACAGACACACUUCUAGUUGAGAAAAAAAAAUAAACCAAAAUUUUCAUACAGCAGCUCACAUGUGCACAAAACACAUGAACAUCAGUGUUCCUCGUCAGACUCUAAAAACCACACUGAAAAAUACAUGUUGGUGUGAUGAUUCACACCACAACUGGCUCACGCAUACAUUCACAUACAUACUAAUUUACAGCUUUGUGUGAACAUUGUUCACAUUACCCAAGACAAACGCCCACGCCUUGAGUAGCUCCAUCCAGCAAUUUCUCUUGAAAUGUUGGUGCUUGGUUUCCUGUCUAAUUUUCUACUGACACAAAUGGUGAAGGAAGAAGAACGUGCUGUACCUUGAACACAUGGCCUGCUUCUGUAUAAAGCCUCCUCUGUGACCUGAUCUAUGUUAUCAUUCACUUUUUUGUCAGUUUGAAGCAGUUGUACAAUUCUGUUGACUGUUGUAGCGUCACAAGUUUUGCCACAAAAAUGUAAUAGCAGGUCAGAUAUUGUUCAAAAUGUUCUUGUACAUAUGUUUGUCUAUGUGACAAUUAAUGGCUUCCCUUUUACCAGUACAGAUUUUUAUAAAAAUUCCCCAUAAAAUCUUGAAAAUAAGCUUGAAAAUAUGAUUGUGUAUUGUGACGUCAAUUUUGUUAGCUCAUUCUGACUUAAAGGAGUUGCUGUGCUUUAAUGCUUUGAUUUAAUACAGCCAUGGAGAGAACACUCAUGAAGAGGCCUGUAAUAUUGAAAACUUGAAACCUUGGUUUCCACUUAUUUUUCCUUGUUUUGUGCAGCUUUGAUCGCACUAGUAUAUUUUUUUUCUUAAUGUUUGGAAAUGUUGCUGUUUAGACAUUAUCCUUUGUGAUUGUGCAAGUAGUUCCACAUGACAUUCUAAAACUUUUAGCCCCAAUGAUCCAGCUUAGUAAAUUUAGUAUUGCUAUGGGACCGAAGCAUGCCUAAGCAUUUUUUAUUAUUUGCCAUGUUGGAGUGCACUGGAAAUGGGCCCAUAAUCCAUUUUAGGCUCCUAACCACAGUAAGGGAAAUGCUACUAUAAUGUUCACCGACAGAGGACACAAACACUGAGCCUAAACAAGCGGGUGAAAAGAUGGUGCAGGUUUGCAAUGUUUGGGUGGCGUUCCUCUCAGCCUUGUAAAUUCCCAACCUCAAACCCCUUCCCACCCACCCAACCAGGGCAUGUAUGCGCUCACAAA